GCAUGGAGGUGCAACUGGGGGUCGGCCGCGUCUACCCGCGGGCGGGCGGCAGGACCUUCCGCGGAGCUUUCCAGAGCUUCUUCCAGAGCGUCUGCGAGGCUUUCCAGGCGCCGCGGGAGGAGCCCGGCGCCGGGCAGCAGCCCUGCCCGCCGAGCCCCCGGCCGCCGCCGGGCUCGCCCGCUUGUCUGCCGCCCCAGGAGCCCCGCGACGCCGGGAAAGCUCUACCGGCCGGUGGCCCUGCCAUGGGCUCGCCUUUUCCCUGCUCCGGCGAGUUGAGGGAGCUGCUGGGCGAGACGGGCACGAUGCCGCUGCUGCCGGCGCCCGAGGCUGAGUCGGCGCCCAAGGAGGACCCGCUGGGCGACAGCGCCAGGCAGCUCUGCAGGGCCGUGUCUGCUUCCAUGGGCCUGGCCCUGGAGGCGCCGGCCGAGCCGCUGGCCCGUGAGGACUGCAUGUUCGCGCUGGCCGCCGGGCCGCCCCGUGUCCCGCGCCCGGCUGGCGGGGACCCGCCGCAGCCGCCGCCCGCUCCGGCUGCCUUCGCGGGCGCCGGGGCCGCCCUGGCCGUCGAUGCACCCGCCGGGCCGGAGCUCUAUCACGGCUCGCCGGAGCCCGCAGCGCGGCCGUCCCCCGGCCUCCGCCUGCCGGCGCCACCGCCAGCCGCCCGCGUCAAGCUGGAGAGCCCGCCGGGGCCGGCGGCGGGCGGCAGCUGGGGCACCCUGUGCCGCUACGGCACCGAGAUGGCCCCGCCGGGCCCCGCGCCGCCCUGGCCCGCCUUUCUCACCGAGGAGGGGCCGCUGUACGGGCCCUGCGCCGAGCCGCCCGCCGGGCCCCUCGGUUGCGGGCGCGGGCUGGCCGCAGAGACCGCCGACUUCCCCGCCGACGCCUGGUACUCGGCGGGCCGGGCGCCCUUCGCCGCCCCGGCCGCCUGCAUCAAGAACGAGCUAGAGCCCUGGACCGAGGGCUACGCCGGCGCCUACGGUGAUGUCCGGUUGGAGGCUGGCCGUGAACAUGUCUUGCCCAUUGACUAUUACUUUCCACCUCAAAAGACUUGCCUGAUCUGUGGAGAUGAAGCAUCUGGGUGCCAUUAUGGAGCCCUCACUUGUGGUAGCUGCAAAGUCUUCUUCAAACGGGCGGCUGAAGGUAAACAGAAAUACCUCUGUGCCAGCCGGAACGACUGCACCAUCGACAAGUUCAGGAGGAAAAACUGCCCGUCCUGCCGCCUGCGGAAGUGCUAUGAAGCUGGGAUGACUCUUGGAGCCCGCAAGCUGAAGAAGCUGGGCAACCUGAAGACGCAAGAUGAAGUGGAGGCAGCCAGCUCAUCCAGCCCCACAGAGGAGCAAGCUCCCAAGAUGGUGAUGACGCGCAUUGAUGGGUAUGAGUGCCAGCCCAUCUUCCUCAACGUCCUGGAGGCCAUUGAGCCUGGCGUGGUGUGUGCUGGCCAUGACAACAGCCAGCCGGACUCCUUCUCCAACCUGCUGACCAGCCUGAAUGAGCUCGGGGAGAGGCAGCUGAUCUACGUGGUCAAAUGGGCAAAGGCUUUGCCAGGAUUUCGCAACCUGCAUGUGGAUGACCAGAUGUCAAUAAUCCAGUACUCUUGGAUGGGCCUUAUGGUGUUUGCUAUGGGUUGGAGAUCUUUCACCAACGUCAAUUCCAGGAUGCUCUACUUUGCUCCAGAUUUGGUCUUCAAUGAGUAUCGGAUGCACAAAUCCAGAAUGUACAGCCAAUGUGUCAGGAUGCGGCACCUCUCUCAGGAGUUUGGGUGGCUUCAGAUCACGCCGCAGGAGUUCCUCUGCAUGAAGGCUCUGCUCUUCUUCAGUAUUAUUCCAGUGGAUGGCCUGAAGAACCAGAAGCUCUUUGAUGAACUUCGAAUGAAUUACAUUAAGGAACUUGACCGUAUCAUCGCUUGCAAGAGGAAGAACCCUACCUCCUGCUCUCGGCGAUUUUACCAGCUCACCAAGGUCCUGGACUCCGUGCAUCCCAUUGCCAAGGAUCUGCAUCAGUUUACAUUUGACCUUUUAAUUAAGGCACAUAUGGUGAGCGUGGACUACCCUGAAAUGAUGGCUGAGAUCAUCUCUGUGCAGGUUCCCAAGAUCCUGUCUGGAAAAGUCAAGCCUAUCUACUUCCACGCACAGUGAUCUUCCGGAGGGACCUCCCAGUUCUGCCACCCCCAUUUCAGCAAUCUCCUGCCUAUUUUUUCUGCACUACUGUACUGCAGUGCCUUGGGGAAUCCCCUCUACAGAGGCGGUGUGCCAGGAAGAUGGACAGUAACAAACGACUACCUGCUGGGAUUCCUGAAAUUUCUGUUUUUCCUGAGGUACCUCUUGAACUGAGCUACCUGCCUCGGCUUCUGCCUAGAUUUGGCUGGCUCGCCGCGCUGGGACAGGGGACUGUGGCACGGUGGCAGCGGCACCGUGUCUGUACUCUCUCAUUUGUGUGUUUUCCACAGUGAUUUUCAGUGGCCCAGGGCCAUGGGAGAUCAGGAGAAAUGCCAGCAGUUGUUGGGUUUGGUUUUUUUUUUUAAAGAAAAAAACAGGACAAGACAAGAAGCAGGUUGAACCUGUAAGUUUGGAUGUGGGUUACUUUACUGGCCUCCUUCAGGACUUUUAAAUUGCAUUAAUGGUGCUGGGAAGCAGAUGAAUUAAAAUAUUGCAGUAGAGAAACAGAGAAGAGCUGGGGGAUGAGAUGAAUUUGCAGCCUGGUGACUUGGCAGGGCCUGCUGCUGACAGAAAGCCACCGUGCAGCUGCUGAGGGGUCUGCUCUGGACAGCAUGCCUGCCUAUGCAGCAUCAGUAUUAGCUGAUGGAGCAUUACAGGGUGUCAGCAAAAGGGUUGGAGAGGAAGAUGACCUUCCCAAAUUCCCAAAGGUGACGAAUGGCUACUGUUUUCCACCUGGAAUGGUUUUGCCUAUGUCCAGUCAAGCCGGAUCUUGGUCUGCCCCGCAGACUCCCAGGCACUCAGCAGUCACAUUCCCAUCCUCGAUAGCUGCUGCUCCUCCAACACAGCCGUACUCACAUCCGCAAGUGCCUGACGUCCUCAGACCUCACGCUUCCCCCUCCUCCCGUGGGCAGCUGGGGCCCCUGCCCAGCCCCUCACCAGCUCUGCUCCCCCUCGGUGUCCCCAGGCCCCGGGUUUCCAUCUACAUGACUUAUUUUCCAUAUGUCCUAACUAUUCUUUCUGAUGCCAGCAGACAAGCAUCCUGGGAGCAAAGCAGCGGGGCCGGGAUCUGCAGGACCUGUGAGGCCGCAGGAUUCCUGCUGUUAAUCCCAUCCUUUGGGAGGUGGCUGUGACAGCUGGCUGGUGCUGCUGUGGCACUGCAGGAAGUUGUAAAGGAAAUGCUGAAGAGACCUUCUGCCCUUCUAAGCAGUGCGCAUGGCUGCUGCUAACUGCAGUGGUUGAUUGCAGCCUGGGGGACGCAGUCUCAAGCACGCUGUCCCACGUGUUCCACCAGUCCACAGCAGUUCGACGUGGCGGUGGCAGAGCCCAGUCCCCUGAUGCAGCACAGGCUGCAGCUCCACAGUGAGGAUGGAUAAAUGCGCCCUAGCUUGACCGGUGGUUGGUCCCCAGCCAACAAAGAGCAAAGGUUGAUCGGUCUGCAGCUGCUGGUGGCCCUCAGCAGUCAGGAGUAUCUGAGAAAAGCAGGCUUGGUUUGUCAGGCUUGACUCCAUUUCAUACCUCAAGUUCAGAAGGGAACACAGGCCCACUCGGUGCCCAUGUUCUGAUUUACUCGGUGGGCUCUGUUUCCCACGCAGUGGCCAGGUCUGCUUCCCCCAUUGUAUUUCAGUUCCCCCUUCCUGCACAGCCGUGAGCACACCAGAACCGCCUGGUCACAUCUGGCAGGGGGUGUUGGUGAGCACGGCACAUACAGGCUCUUGCCAAGGCAAUACUUCUCAUGGUGGGCUGUGGCACAGUUUGGCUUUACCAACGCAGAUAUCUCCAGGAGGUCCUCAUGCUGGCACAGGCAAACAGCAGAUCCAUGCCCUGCACGUGGUCUGUUGGCUGAUGGUGGUUUCACCACUGUGGUACGGAGUAGAGCGUGUGUCGGAGCUGUGCCCAGCCGGAGUACUGGUGGUGUCAUCUGGCACAGGGAUGCCACAAGCACAAAGCAGUGCCGGAGGCUGGAGAGGUGAACUGGGUCAGACAUGUUUCCCCUGUGUAAUACCAGCUGCUUGUCUUUGUCGGGUGUCUUUAAAAGCAGAGGGAAUGAGGUUGCAGCCAAUUGAUUGCCACGCAUGUGUUGUGCAGAAAACAGCACUAAUGUGCUGCUCGGACCAUUCACGAGCUGAGCAUCACUGUCAGCUCUUCACGCAAACACCCUCACCAUACAUCUGGGUUCUUUGUAAACUCUCAGUGAAACAAACAAUUUUCCUCAUACUUUUCAGUCACGCUAUGGGAUUUUCAUUAAGGGGAGGGGUAGGGAAAAAACCCUCAAAACUAUUGAAGGGGAGGAAAUUUUUUUGCAGUUGUUUGUAAUGGUUUUCCUUCCCUGCUAGAUGUGGCUCUGCUUGUACUCUUCCUCUUGAAAUCCCUUCAUGUAGGUGGCAACAGAAUCCUUAGAUAACCUUCCUGAAUGCCAGCCAGGAGGGCGGUGUUCUCAGUAAGCUUCUAUUUUAGAGGGCUGCAAGCAUUUUAAAUGUUAAUAUGAUCUACUAAUAUUUGCAAAUGAACUGGUAAAAAAAUCCUGCUGGUUCACUUCUCUCUUCCUGAACAUUUUCUGCAGCAAGCAGAAGGGCACAGUGAACAACUGGGUGGGUACUCUGUCAUCAGUGUUUAGGACGUUUAGGAGCAAUCUGAAGAACUCCGUUGGAGAGCUUUAUAUUUUGCACAAGCUCUUGUCAGUGAAGUUUUCAUUAGUUAAUGAGUGGAGGUAUCCUGCUGGGUACUUUUCUGCUGGGAGAUUGGGAAGAAAUCAAGUUUAAUAGGGAUUUGCAUACACUGAUUUGUUGGUGGAAGCACACUGCAAAUGAAAAGCCAUUUAGAAGGGGAUGCUGCCUGUGCGUCGUGCUGGAUGCAUGCAGCUCGCGGGUGGGCAGCUUUGAUUUGUGAUGGGGCAGGGGCUUGGGUGAGGUGCCCCUGGCCAGUGGGCUGGGAGCAGCCAGGCUGUCACCAAGCAGCACCCCAGAGCUCCUCUGUGCUCGAGUGGGCACCGGGGUUACGUUCGUUGUCUCUUCAGCAUCAAAGCAAACUUCUGCAGCUUUUAUAUUCAGAAGUUGACUUUUUAUGACAUUGUUAGAGUGGUGACAGGAGGGUGUGGGAACUGGGAUCAGUAGCAACUGUGUGUGUAUUUGCUGGGGGUGUUAACACUGUUUCCUUGUUUAUUUUCAUGGGCUGCUGCAGGACCUGGGUCAAAAUGAGGCUUAAGAAAUACCAAAGUCCAGAUCCUGCCAUAUAUCUUUGUACUUUGUGUUAUUCUCUGCAUUUUCUUGUCUUCUUUCGCUUUAAUAAAGCAAAGAGAAUUUCACCAUCCUCACAACCAUGUCAAUGCUGUCCCUGAGGCUUCCCUUGGGAUGGCCAAACCCCUGGAGGGGGGGACCCCCGUGGCAUUGCUGACUCAUGCAGCCUAGGAGCGAGCCCACCACGUCCAAAUCUCGCCUUGGUUUCACCGAGGUAGAUACCAAGUGAGUCGGCCCUGCAGAGGGGAGGCAGGAUGCUCGCCACCUUCACCACCACUUGCUCGUUUCACUCUUGUUGCUUUGUUGCGGUCGUUGCCAGGGUCUGCAGGGAUGCUGAGGUGGUACCCAAGAUGUCCCCUGCCUCCCAUCAGCUGGGCUCGCUGCCCUCCCUUGCCAGGUCACCACCAGCACAGCUCCCUGCAGCUCCCUGCUGCAUCAGCUGCCGCUCCGCUUGCUGAGCUCUCUCCCUAGAUGUUUCAAUAACAUAUGUUAAACGUACAUAUAUACUAAAAUAAAAGCAUGCCCCACUUUAUAUUGCUAAAGACAUCUGUUUAAUAUAAUGCUCUAAGAGAGUUUCUUUUCUGAUCGCACACUGAUUGCAACUAACUGCUCUUCAGGAGACGAGUCAGUGUAUGCCAAUAAUAAUGGAAACUUUCAAUUUAAUGUUUUUUCUGGUUAGGUAUUGCCCAGUUUUUAAAGGUCCAUCUGUUCAUGGCAUGAAUGGAACAUACACUGGUGUAGCCUGGUGUCGGUAUCUGCUUCUCCAGCUUUCUUGUAGCUGUUUCUCCAGCUUUCCUGUAGCUGAGACAGGGAUAGUAUUUGCACUUGGAGGACAACAGAACGUCCUUUAUUUCUGCCCUCUUUGACUGCACAGUGUCUUUGCACUUUUGGGCAGAAUCCUGGAAUUACAGUGUGGUAGCUGUUUUCUAACUCUUUCACAGACUUCUGGAGGCACAGAAAGCCUUCUCGUGCCAUAAGGACUGGCCAGGUCAUGCUCAGCACUGUCAUGUCCCAGUGCCCAGCAUCAAAUGACACAGAGUUCCUGGAAAGUGGCUGUUGGGCAAGAUGCCCAUGUGGCUGAGGGACAGACACAGGUCACCAGUGCUGCAUGCUGGGACCUGGGGCAGGUUGUGGUGGGGCGGCGUGGGGCUGGAGCUUCUCUGCACCCACCUACUCCCAUGCAGCGUGCAGGGGCUUCUGCUCGUUCCCUUUAGAAAUGGGAGGGGAACCUGCAUUUGUGAUUCAGAAAGUAAACAUCUGCACCACACAUAAAACCACAGCAAAUUUAUAAUAAGCUGCUGUCUGUGCUGGGUAUUUUGUGUUCUGUGGCAAUUUUAUGCUGGUUUUAUUUGUUAACGUCUCUGUAAUAAAAAGAGUUCUCUAUAUUGAUAUAUUUUAUUUUAUUUGUAAUAAGCCAAAAAGCUCAUUGCUGGUGCCUUUUUGCCUGGGGAGGACUCCCAGCCCACAGCUAUAUUCAUGAAUGUAACAAAGCAUAAUGUCUCUGCAAUUGCUCGUUUCACCAUAGCUGAGUACAGUCACAGAGCAAACACUGCAGGAUUACCAAAAGAAAAAGCUCAAGUAGCCUACGGAAUGGGCAGAAAGACUUUUCAGCUACAAUAAGGUUUAUUUCCCCAGGCCUGGAUUCAAGGCGAGGGCUGAGCUUUCAGCUUCCUCCUCAGUGUGACACAGAAGUCUUUUGCCCUGGCUCGGUGGGACUUUGCUGCAUUGCGAACCUUUAGCCUCUGCAAGGUGUGCAGUGAGGCUGAAGCAUACACAUAUCACUUUAUUGCGGUUGCAAUCAUAUUACGGUUGCAGCACUUUUUCAGUCACCUUUCAGAAAUGGCAGUGUUUUGCCCAAAUCAAUAGCAUCCGAGGCCAGAUUCUGCUUCUAGAGAAGGACAUUAGUUGGACUGUUGCCGCUGUUUUGUUGUGUUUUUUAAAUUGGAACUGAAUGCAUUGGAUAAGGAAAAUGGAGACCUACAACAUUACAUUGUCAAGAGUGGAGAGCAGUGAUGUCGCUGCCUUGGCCAGUGAGGUGUGGUGGAGGAUGCCCAGGAGAUGAUUGUGACUCAGAAGUCACCAUAUGGGACUGAAGGACAUUUAUUCUCGUAACCAGAGAGAAACCUGCCUGGCAUCCGGGAUAAAGACAAAACCAAUUAUGGUAGGGGAAACGAAAACAUUCACUUUUUGACUGUUUUAGUCCAUGCUUGGGUCCCACGCAAGCCCUCAGCCUGUGCUGUGCCACAGGGCAGAUCUGCACGCUUGGUGUUCAGCUCUUUUUGUAAUCUUAAAAUCUGUUGUUGUUCUAAGUACAAUAAAGGCAGAAUCUUGUUUGUUGGAA